AUGAAGGUGGCGCUGCAGCAACCCACGAACGAUAUUCUGACGAGAUCGCAUCGAGCCACAUUAGUCACCCGUGGACGGACCAUGAACUUGUCUUUCUGGAAGAAGGACGACGCAUUGGCGACCUCCAAGAUUCUGUCCGCAAAGGCUUCUCCUUGGAUGAAGACGAGCUUAUCUGGAAGCGUCCGGAACAAAUUAUCCAGCGGAUCGAAGCUGAACGAAUUACUACGCUCCGAGAUGCUCGAAGAAAGCGACCAACGAGCCGUCAACUUGAAUAUCCAGCUCCUCACGAGCCCAGCGCUGCUGGACCGAUUCGUGGUUUUCUCGGACUUUGGUGAAGCUUCCAGUACAGUGGAUUCCGCUCUCUCGCGAAAUGAUCUGAUCAGCGUGGGCGACCUCGCUCUAGCUCGGAGUCUGCUGUGCGACCGACACCACGGCCAAACUGCAAAUCACCUCAACGGGUACUCUGACGGCUUUAUACCUUUGACGCUGCCAACAUUUUCACCUCAAGCAGCCGAGCCAAGCAAGCAAAGUCUGAAGGUUUGGGAUGAACCGUCAAUAGAGUACUCAAAGCAAGCGGUAACUGGUUGCAGUGAGGGGUUCGAGCCUGGAAACCAGGUUGAAGACAACGACAAUGCUGUUGUUGAUGACGAUACGACGAAUCGCAAUCAAGACGGAGCCGCCCAGCCUUUCGAUCAAUUCGAUGCAGAGCCCGAUGCUCUAGUGCUCCAACGUGAGUCUCUGUGGACGUGGCUAAGUAAUCGCGACGAUGGCAUCUCGCUCGCUUCCUUGUCUUCGAGCACAAAUAGCGCGUGCAGCGAGGACCAGGCUGCAGAAGAUACGGCGUCUCGACAAUCUGGCCCCGCAGACCCCAUGCGUGCGCUCCAAGUCGUCAAGAGUGCCGUGACUAAGACAAUGGCUCGCAUCCGAGAUGAGCAACACGCCGCCUGCCAGCAGCAGCAGCAGGAGUCCGAGACACCGACGUCUCCGCCUCCAGCUCCAGCCCCAACGGCAGCAUCAAACCGGACCCCGCGUCUCGACGAGGCCAAGCGACUGGAGUUCCUGCGCGCGCUCGAAGACUUCAAGCGCUGCCUGCGACCGACCUCCUCGCCCAGCUCGCUGCUGUCUGAGGCUUGA